AUGGAUUUGUGGUUAUUGUUGAUUAUUGGUGCCUUUGUUGGGGCUGCCUUUUUUAUAUAUAGAAUGUAUACAAGCCAAAAAACCGCUACAAAAGCAUCGGGAGACGAUUAUUCAUCAUCAUCAUCCGAUUCAGACAGUGAACCUGAGGAAGAAAUCGAGGAAAGAGAAUUUACUUUGGAGGAACUUCAUAAAUAUAACGGAAUUGACAGCCCAGAAAAGAAAAUUUAUGUCAGCGUUUGCGGAAAAGUUUUCGAUGUCACUGGUUCUGGCUUCUAUGGACCUAAUGAAACCUAUGACAUGUUUGCUGGGCAUGAAAGCUCUGUAGCAUUGGCUAAAAACGAACUUAAACCAUCUCUUUUGGAUCAAAUGGACCUCUCCAGUUUGAAUGCUUUCGAAAAAGAUCAAUUGAACUCUAUGUUUUCUCACUUUGAAUUUAAGUAUAGAGUUGUUGGAUGGUUAAAGGAAUUUGAAGAAGCCAACAAGAAGGAUAAAUAA